UACACAUGCAAUGCCGCCCUGUCCAAAGUCCAAACUUAAUUAUUUAAUUCCUCUUCAUUAUUUCCUUCUUCCAUCUCUCCAUUUUAUAUAUCUUCACUUCACAAUCUCCCUUUGUACAUCUUAAAACUUCUCAGUCUCACAUUUCCCCUCUCUCUUUCUAUCUUCCAAAUUAGCAAUGGCUUCAUUAACAGCAUUCAAACUUUUCCUUGUGAUGGCACUAUUGGCCACCUCAUGCAUGGCCCAAUCACCCACCGCCGCACCAACUGUCUCCCCCACCGCCGCACCAGUUGCUCCUCCCACCGCCGCCACCCCCUCCCCAGCCCCGGUCGCCGCCCCCACCCCUGCUGCGGAAGACUCUCCUGCCCCUGCCCCGGGCACUCCCGCACCGGCCUCCCCCAGCCCCGUCGGCCAAGUACCCGCCGCUUCUCCAGGCGCCGACCAGCCUCCUGCCGACGGAAACAGUGGAUUUGUGAGCAGGGCUUCCUUUGGCGGCGCUGCUAUCGCCGCCGUGCUAGUGGCGGUGGCUUUGGCAUAGAUCUGUUUUUUGUUGGGGGCAUAGUGGUCAUUUUCUCUCUCUCUAAUUUUUAUUUUUGGUCAUAUUUAUUUGUGGUUUGCUUAUUUGAUUUGAAGUGGAUCAUUUGUUUGAUUGUGAUUAAUGAUACACAUGGCUCUUGGACAUAUUUAUUAUCUUAGGGGAGUCACAUGUACAAUAUGGUUAUAUCCAACGCUGAUAAAAUUUUUUACUGUAUUAUUCUUUUA